AAAUAUACGUAUUUUGGAAAUAUUGAGUCGAAUUAGUCUAGAAUUGAUUAAUUUUAUGGAAGAAAAACCUUUGAAAUAGCCAUAGUUCGUAAACUGCAUAUGUGCCGGGCUUUGAUUGGAUUAUGUAUUUAAGGACUUGUAGAAAAUGGAUCCAUAAAAACUGGAAUGUAUCUACCGUGUUAUAGGGGGAUCGACUAAUGUAAUGUAAUGUCUGGAGGUCUUAUGGUGAACCCCUCAAUCCUGUCUAUGCUUUAGAGCAGCAUACUACCCCAAAGCACUGUGAUGUUCUAGGAUACCAUCACAUACGAAAGCCAGUCACCUCUAAUAACAAUCCAAGGGACCAAUGUAAGUGAUAUCCUGCAGCCAUAUGUGUUGUCUCUUAUGGCAGGGUUCCCAAGAGCCAUUUUCCAACAGGACAUUGUUUGACCACACAUAGCACAUAUGUCGCAGGACUGUCUAUGCCACAUUGUCACACUUUUCUGGCCUGGCCUGCCCUGUCUCAAUUUGCCAUUGAUUGAACAUGUCUGGAUCAUUUUGGACACCAAGUUGAACAGCUUAGGUUCAACUUGGCUGAACUGAAUUAUUGACUGAUGCACUGACCCCCUGAACUCCAGAUAUCUGGAAUUCAAUUUCCUAGUAAACAAUGAAAUGUUAAUUGCUGCUCUGUGUCAACUCAGCUUUCAUUAUAAUAAGUACAGUACUUUCUCAGCAAUAAAAACAACUGGAAGGCAAUGCAAAAGACUGAAGAGUGACAACCAGCAAGAUUUUCAGUUUCAGUACCCGAUGCUGAUAUUGGCUGGUAUUGAUACUUUGACUGAUACUGAUACCGCUAUCAAUACCUCUGUGGUAUCGGGACAUUCUUACUAUUGACAUAUCAGUUCAAAUUAGUUGUUUUGUUUGUGAGUGACUUUCUAAAUAUUUUUGAAACAGUUGAAUUGCUUUUUGUUAUCAAUGACUCUAUUUUGCCAUUUUUAUAUAAACGGUAUUAAUAGUCAACAGUGAAUAUUUCAUGAACAGUUAAAUCCAUGUUGUUGAAUUACAGGCAGUUGGCCAUUUUAAUCACUUUAUUAUAUAAAAAAUGUAAGAUAUUUUCAAUGCUAUCAUUAUUUAAGGUAGGAAACAAAAUGCUAAUGAAAUGUUACUAAUAAUUUUCUACUUGACUUAAGUUUGAGAAUUGUCAUUUAUUAUUUUUUUAAUUAUUUUUUUAGGUAGUGUUACUCCUGCACAUUAUGAUGAACAACAAAACUUUUUUGCCCAGAUAUAUGGAUUUAAAAGAUUUAUAUUAUUUUGUCCCGAAAUGUAUGAAUGUUUAUAUCCUCAUCCGGUUUGGCAUCCACAUGAUAGACAAAGCCAGGUUGAUUUUGAUAAUCCUGAUUUUGAAAAAUUUCCAAGAUUCCAUGAAAUUAGAGGACAAGAUGCAAUUAUUGGUCCAGGAGAUGUUUUAUAUAUUCCUAUGUAUUGGUGGCAUCAUGUGGAAUCACUAUUACGUACAAAAUAUACUAUAUCUGUAAAUUUUUGGUAUAAGUCUGGACCAACUGGUAAAAUCAAAUAUCCUUUAAAUGGACAUCAAAAAAUGGCAAUUAUGAGAAAUAUAGAGAAAAUGCUUGUAGAAGCUUUAAAAGAUGUUAAUGAGCUGAAUGAAAAUGAAGUUGGAGACAAGGGGGAAACUGACAUGGAGGAUAAACAGACUGAGCCGAGGAAAAGCGACCAAUCUUUCUCCUCAAAUUUCUGGCUUUUUAAAGGAUCUGUCUGCUAAAUUCUUAAUUUAAUGGGUUAAUCAGUUUGACACUUCCGUUCUAUUUCUCACGCGAGUGUUGAUAGACUGAAACUUUCGGUUGUAUCUCACCACGAUAUUUUCUUUUCUGAUGGUUAAGAACUUUUCUUUAUGUCUUCAUUACUUUACAAGGCAACAAUUUUGCUUUUGAAGGAAUGCUACAUUUAUUUCUAAAUUUUGUUAUGUCUACAAGAGUCAAAGUCAAAGUUGGAUUUUUCCCAUCGGCAUUGCAAUCUGUUAGUUCAUGUCGAUUUGUGGCAUUGAGGCAAUUGGAAAAAAUUUGUAGACCUCUAAAUUCCCACUGUCCUGUGUCUGUCUGUCUGUCUUGUGACUUAGAGAAACCUCCACUUUUAGGGGUGAAAGGUUCUCAAGGGACUACUGCUCUGACAUAUAGAGAUAUUUUAUAACGCGAUCUUAAUUCUUUGAAGAAUACACAGUCUGAAAAGGAGUCCUCAUUACCAACGUAUACUGUUCUAGUUUACAAUGAUAAUAAAGAGAGCACAUUGGAAGAGACUAAGACACUGCUCACUAAUUCUUUUGAUCAAAGAUUGCAUAAGGUAAUUUACCAAGCGUAUUUGUAAGAUUAACAAGGGUGGAAUUGCUGUUGAUUUUCCUAUCAGAGAGGAGGCUGAAUACUUUCAGGAACAAUUAGACAAAAUAGAAGGAUUAAAGGAACGAAACGCAAGACGGCAUCUUCCUCUGAUGAAAGUGACUUCAGUCCCCAACUCAAUCACCAAAGAGGACCUAUUGGAAUAUCUGCUUGAACAGAAUUUUUUUUCACAGAAGUACAUGAUAGAGGAGUUUAAAAAGGUUUUAAACAUUUGAUUUUCAAUCAAACAGAGAAAUGAUGAGUUUUUAUCAUGGGUGUUAAAAAUGUCACCGGAGGUUAGGGCAAUGAUUAAAAAAAUAAGGAUAUCUUUAAGUUCAGUGGAAGACGUGCAAUGUUUAUGAUUUUUUUCCCUGUACGGCAGUGCUACAAAUGUCUUGCUUUUGGACAUUUGGCAGCAAGUUGCCCAUCACCGAAGAAAGUUUGUAGCCAUUGUGGUGAUGAUCAUUUGUUUAAGACAUGUACAAAGAAAAGUGGAAAGCCUAAAUGUGCUAAUUGUUUGAGGAGUUGCCUAGAUAAACAUAAACAUAACACACUGGACAAGGAGUGUCCACUUUACAUUAAAGCAAAAGCCUUAUAUAUUAAGACAGCUGAUUACUUAUCUUAAUGAUUAUGGAAUCCUUUACAUGGCACAAAUUGUUUAAUUCAUAGUGCUACCUCUGCUUCUUAGCACAACAACUGAUACAAGCAGAUCAUCAUUUGUGUUUGCUGACUGUAGGAAAUAUGUAAGCUUCAUGAUCUUUCUCUGUUUUUGGGUUUAAAGUGUUCGAAUUGAUACACUUACUAGCUGUGUGGACUUUGUUUUUUGACUUGUACACAUAUAUAUGGACUCGUGGGGUUCUCAAAUCUUUGUUUUACAAAUUUUCUGCACGGGAUAAAUGCUGUUAAACAACACUUAUUGUCAGAAUUUUUGUAUUUACUGCGACCUUCUUUUGCGAAAAUAUUCCUGCAGAUAGGUAAUCUGUUAUAUGAUGCAGCAAGCUGCUGCAUAUUUUAUUUGGGUCUUUUAUUGUCAUUGUGUUUUUAUUUUAUUUAUUUCUUUAUUUUA